AUGGCUCCCGGGACCUUCCGUGCCGCAGCGGCGUCUGCCGUUCAUUCCGGCGGAAGCUUUGGGGGAAACGACUCGCAAGCGCAACAGCACGCGGACCCCGGCGGAAGCCGCAGUGCGCAUACGAGCGGCGGGGGAAUGGCGGAGAAGUACGGGCUGCUUGCGGCGGUGAUUGCGGCGCGCGGCGGGUGCGCGGUGCUGGACGGCGGGCUGGCGACAGAGCUGGAGCUGCGCGGCGCGGACCUCAACGACCCGCUCUGGUCCGCCAAGUGCCUCAUGGAGGAGGAAGCUUCCAGCCUCGUUCGCAAGGUUCAUUUGGACUACUACCGCGCGGGCGCCGAUAUCUCCAUCUCCGCGUCGUACCAGGCGACCAUAGAGGGCUUCACGGCGCGCGGGCUGUCGGAGGGGCAGGCUGAGGCGCUGCUGGCGCGGAGCGUGCAGCUGGUGGGGGAGGCGCGGGACCGCUUCUGGGCGCAGUACUGCGCGGAGGCGGAGCGGAGGGGGGAGCGGGUGGAGCGCGCGGAGGGCGGCGUUGAGCGCGUGGCGGGGCGCGUGAAGCCGCUGGUGGCGGCGUCCGUCGGCAGCUACGGCGCGUUCCUCGCGGACGGCUCCGAGUACAGUGGCGACUACGGAGCGGACAUGACAGUGGAGCGACUCAUGGCCUUCCACCGCCGCAGACUGCAGGUGUUGGCAGCAGCAGGGCCGGACAUCAUAGCCAUGGAGACCAUCCCGUGCCACAUCGAGGCUCAGGCCCUGGUGCAGCUGCUGGAGGAGCAGGCCGCCUCAGGCUUGGCAGCAGCAGUGCCGGCGUGGAUCAGUUUCAACAGCAAGGACGGCCGCACGGCACCGUCAGGCGACCUCUUCUCCGCCUGCAUCGCCACCGCCGCUGCCAGCCCGCACGUGGUGGCGGUCGGGAUCAACUGCACGCCGCCCCGCUUCAUCCUGCCACUGCUGCAUGCCGCCCGGAAGGAAACAUUGAAGCCGCUGGUGGUGUAUCCCAACAGCGGGGAGGCGUGGGACGGCAUCAACAAGGAAUGGGUGCCAUGCAGUGGGCUGAGCGAUGAUGGCUUUGUAUCGUACGCCCCUGAGUGGGUGAACGCCGGGGCGGCAGUGCUGGGCGGCUGCUGCCGAACCACGCCACACACCAUCUUCAGCAUUGCUGAAUGCAUUCACUGCCGAGGAGAAAAGGGGGCAGGAAGCACCGCCAUGGGUGCGUCGAUCGAGGCAGUGAAUGACGAGCAGCCGCCGUUGUCGCGCGAGCACCAGGUGAUGGUGCCGCACGCGUCGAUCAAGGACGAGCUGAAGGAGACGUUCGCGCCGGUGAAGCAGCUCAUGGUCAUCGACAGCGACCCUUUCAAGACGUACCGCGGCAAGACGGCGGCGCAGCGCGCGAAGAUGGCGCUGUUCUACGUGUUCCCCAUCCUCGAGUGGGUCUCGAAUUACAAGCUCGCCAACCUCUUCGGCGACGUCGUCGCGGGCCUCACCAUCGCCAGUCUCGCCGUCCCCCAGGAUCUGGGAUACGCGAAGCUCGCCAAGCUGCCGCCCAUCAACGGUCUUUACAGCAGCUUCGUUCCGCCGCUGAUAUACGCGGUACUGGGCACGUCGCGGCACAUCGCGAUCGGGCCGGUGGCGGUGGUGUCGCUCCUACUGGGCGACCUGCUCACCAAGUACUACGACUCGGACACGCAGCCCGCGCAGUACCUGAACCUCGCCAUCACCUCCACCUUCUUCGCGGGCAUCUACCAGCUCGCCAUGGGCAUCUUCCGCCUGGGCUUCGUGAUCGACUUCAUGAGCCACGCCGUGAUCGUGGGGUUCAUGGCGGGCGCGGCGAUCACGAUCGCGCUGCAGCAGCUGCGCGGGCUGCUGGGGUACACGUCGUUCACGCAGGCGACGGACAUCGUGUCGGUGCUCGAGUACGUCUUUCAGAACACGGACCAGUUCAACUGGCGCGCGUUCCUCAUCGGCAUGUCCAUGCUCACCUUCCUCCUCACGCUGCGCUUCUUGGCGCACCACUUCAAGGGCCGCAAGGUGGUCAGCAAGGUAUUUUUUUACCUCAACUGCGUGGGGCCCAUGACGGCCGUUAUCGUGUCGACGCUCGCCGUGUGGCUGACGAACGCGCCCGUGCCCAAGGUGGGCAAGAUGCAGAAGGGGUUGGCGGGGCUGGGGUCGCUGGGCAAGCUGCAGCUGUCGGGGCAGGACGCGGCGGACGCCGCCGUCGUGGGGCUCAUCUCGGGGCUCGUCGCGCUCACGGAAGCGUCGGCGAUCGCGCGGACGUUCGCCGCGUUACAGGGUUACCACGUGGACGGGAACAAGGAGAUGAUUGCGCUGGGCGCGAUGAACAUCGCGGGGUCGUUCACAUCAAGCUACGUCACGACGGGGUCGUUCUCGCGCUCCGCAGUCAACUACAACGCGGGCGGCGCCACCAUGCUCACCAACAUCGUGAUGUCGUUCGUCGUCAUGAUCACGCUGCUGUGGGUCACCCCCGCGUUCCAGUACCUGCCGAACGCGACGCUGGCGGCGAUCAUCAUCAACGCGGUGCUAGGCUUGCUGGACUACGAGGCCAUCUGGAAGAUCUGGAAGGCCGACAAAGUCGAUUUCGUUGUCGCGCUCGGCACGUUUCUGGGCAUUCUGUUUGACUCAGUGGAGACGGGGCUGCUGGUGGGCGUGUGCCUGUCCAUGCUCAAGAUUCUCGUGCAGAUCACGCGGCCGCACCUGGCGACGCUGGGGCUGGUGCCGGGCACGGGCGUGUAUCGCAACAUUCAGCAGUACCUGCAGGCGGAGGUGACGGAGGGCGUGUUCGUGCUGCGCGUGGACGGGCCGCUCUACUUCCCCAACGCCAACUACGUGCGCGAGAAGGUGCUCUCGCUCGCCGACGCGUACAGAGACGACCACAACGGCGACAGCAUCACACAUUUCGUGUUGGACUUCACGCCCGUGGCGGACAUAGACACGACGGGCACGCACGCGCUGCAGGAGCUGCACGGGCUGCUGUCCAAGCAGGGCGUGCAGCUGGGCAUCAGCAACCCGUCGCGCAUGGUGCUGCGCAAACUCGUUGCGUCCGGGUUUCUAGAGGUGCUGGGGGAGGAGUGGCUGUUCCUCUCAGCGCAUGAAGCCGUCAAGUCGUGCAGGACAUUUAGACUAUCUAUUAAGGACGUCUGA